AUGAUUGAAGACUAAGUGGAUUAGUAUGUAAGUAAGGUUGUUUAGCAACUUAAUCAAAUCAAAGAUUUAGAAGUAACCGAUAUAAGAAAAGAUAAAGAGGGAUUUGGUAAAUAUUUGUUUGCUAAAUAUUAGCAAAAUAGUUGUAUGAUUAAAAUAAUCUCAAUAUAAAGUGAUGAAUAAUUAUCUUAGUAAAAAAAGUUAUAAAAAGCCAUGGAGAAAGUUAAUAGACUAAAACAGUGCUCUCAUAAAAACAUUUUAAGAUAUUACGAUUCUUUCUAAAUCGAGGACAGCUUUUUUAUUGUUAUGGAAAAAGUAGAGUUCUCGCUUCAGCAGUGGAUUAAUGAUAAUAGGAGAAAUUUAAUAUAAAAAGAAUAAUUUUUAAAAUUUGCUUAGUAAAUGGUUGAAGUAGCUGAUUACUUGCAUCACUAAAAAUACAUUUUGAGCAAUAUAAGCUUAAAAAAUAUAUUUUUAGAUAGAGAUUUGAAUAUAAAACUCUCAACUUUCACUGUUUAAUAAGAAGUUAGUGUGAAAUAUCUACUAGACAAAUAAAUUUAUGCACUUGAAAAUAAUUAAUUAAUAUACUUCCCAAUUUGUUUAAUUGAGGAAGGAGGUAAUUAAAAUAUGGUAGCUUUGAGUAACAAGCAAGAUAUGUAUACAAUCGGUUUAUGUCUUUAUUGUCUAACAGGUGUUUCGUAUAUGGAAGUUUUAAAUUACAUUUAGGGUGGUAAAUUUUAAGUAAAUAUAAGUCUUGGUGUUGAUAUAAACUAACUAUUGCAAUUAAUGCUCUUUAGAAAUACUUAUAGCUCUGUUCCUUCCCCUUGCUAUUUUAAUAACUCUUUUUAACACAUUAUUUAAUCUCUAAAUAAAUAAUAGUAAAAAAACGAUGAUAAAAGCUAAGGAUAAGCUAAGUUUUAAAUGGAUAAGGAUGAGGAAGCUUAAUACUUAAAAUUAUUUUAAGAAAUUGUUACUUUUAUUGAUAAUGUUAAACAAAAAAAAGAAAAAUUAUCUGAAGAUGAAGAAGAAAGCUCAGAAAUUAAAUCUGAAGAUAGCAUUUUGUAUGUAAUAGAUUAAGAUUUUCAAUAAUCUCUAGAUUCUUAUAAAAAGGCUUUUGAGUUAAACGAUAAAAACGAUGUUGCUAUGUUUGGAUUAGGAUCAGCAUACGAAGAUUUAGGAUUUAUAUAAGAAUCUUUAAGUUGUUAUGAUAAAUAUAUUAAUUUAAACUCUUUCGAUGAUGAAGUAUAUAAUAAUAUUGGAGAUAUCUAUCUGAAAUAAAAUGAUUUUAAUACAUCAAAAAGUUAUUUUGAAAAAUCUAUUGAGUUCAAUCCAAGAUAGUACAUUGCCUAUUAUAAUUUAGCUUAAGUUUAUUUUGAAUAAAAAAUGUUUUAGAAAGGAUCAUACUACUUAAAGAAAGCAAAAAAAAUCGAAUAAGAUGAUGAUUCAUAUGAAUUAUUAGGUUAUUUUUAUGAAUAAAAGUAAGAGUAUGAAAAAUCCUUAAAGUGCUAUGAAAAAUUAUCUAUGAACAUAUAAAAUCAUUGGCAAUAUAAAAAUCAAAUACAUAAUAUUAAAUCUUAAAUUUGA